GUGGCCGCGUUGCGUCAGCGCAAGAUGGCGGCCUCGGCAGCGCUGUUCUCGCGCCUGCGGAGCGGAGUCCGGCUCGGCGCGCGGGGUCUGUGCGCGAGGCUGGCGCCGCCGCCUCCCCGGAGCCCGGAGCAGGUUGCAGAGAUCGGCGGCCGAGGGGGCACGAAGACUCAGGGGCCACAGCAGCAGCAGCAAGGCUCAGAAGGUCCUAGCUAUGCCAAAAAAGUUGCACUCUGGCUUGCUGGUUUGCUUGGGGCUGGUGGAACCGUCUGUGUCGUCUAUAUUUUCGGAAACAAUCCUGUGGAUGAAACCGGUGCCAAGAUACCUGAUGAGUUUGACAAUGAUCCCAUUCUGGUACAGCAGUUGCGGAGGACGUACAAAUAUUUUAAAGAUUAUAGACAGAUGAUCAUUGAACCCACCAGCCCCUGCCUUCUCCCAGACCCUCUGCGAGAGCCGUACUACCAACCACCCUACACACUCGUCCUGGAGCUCACGGGAGUCCUCUUACACCCCGAGUGGUCGCUAGCCACUGGCUGGAGGUUUAAGAAGCGCCCCGGCAUUGAGACCCUGUUCCAGCAGCUCGCCCCUCUCUAUGAGAUUGUCAUCUUCACGUCCGAGACUGGCAUGACGGCCUUCCCGCUCAUUGAUAGCGUGGAUCCCCACGGCUUCAUCUCCUACCGCCUCUUCCGAGACGCCACAAGAUACAUGGACGGACACCAUGUCAAGGUGCUGUGCAGGAUGGAUUUGUGGGGACCAUGCGGGUCUUCACCUGUCUUCUCCAGAAUCUAGGGACAUAGGGAGAAA